AUGUACGCUCAACGAAUUCUGCCGUCUCUUCCAGCCUUUGCCUUGAGAUCUGGUGGUAAGUAAUCAUUGUGCUACAAACGCCGCCAUAAUACACAAAAAAUGGUCUACAGGCCAAAAACAUUUGUUAUAGUCAUACUUCUGUACAACGAAGGGUCCGAAGAAAUUUCUAACAGAAUGGCUUUGUUAUACAGGGUCUUACAAAAAACGUGAAGGAAAGUGGAAGGCUGUCACUUCCGGCGGAGGCGGCGCAGAGACUUCGUAUUUGAAAUAUGUAUUUUUAAAAGACAUAAGUUUUUGUCUACGAAAUAACAAGCUUUUAGAGUGCAAACUGAGGUCGCUACGACCUUCUGAAGUAGAGGCAUCUCUACCCCGAAAACUAGGUUUUUUCGGUUGAAAAUGAUCGAGAAAUUUCGGACUUUUUCGGUUGAAAAUUACCAGGAAAUGUCGGAUUUUAUGGGGUUUCUUGAUAUAGUCUUUAAGAAAACGUGCAUAAUUUGCAAGUGUUGGCACUCUCCUCAUAUUUUUCAACAUCAACCAUAUCGAAACACCCCAAAAAAUCCGACAUUUCCUGGUGAUUUUCAACCGAAAAAGUCCGAAAUUUCUCGAUCAUUUUCAACCGAAAAAACCUAGUUUUCGGGGUAGAGAUGCCUCUACUUCAGAAGGUCGUAGCGACCUCAGUUUGCACUCUAAAAGCUUGUUAUUUCGUAGACAAAAACUUAUGUCUUUUAAAAAUACAUAUCACAGCAUUCCGAAAUUUUUUCGCCGCCGAUCGGUGUCUAAAAAAAUGAAAAAUUAAAAAGUGCACAUUACAUUUUCAUGUGUGUAAGGGUAGCCCGAAGAGAAACCGGCAAAAACAAAAACUCUUUAUGUAGAGUAAUCAAUUUCCUUUCAGAGUAUGUAAGUUUUGUCUUCAGGUUGUCCGCUACCUUUGAGAAAAUCGUCACUAAAAAAAUGGAAAUUUCGAUUUUGAAUGCCAAAAAAAUGUACUUUCUUGGGGCCACCAAAGAAGAUGUUGGAGUCUAUCGUAAAGAGAAUUUCAAGGGCUACAACAUAUUAAAAUUUCAAGAUUUUUGUGGGGGUUUGAGUCAAGUUAGAGUGAAAAAACCUCUGAUUUUGGCCAUUUUUUGCACUUUUUCUUGAUUUGUUUGCACUUUUAGUGCAAAAAUAUAAAACCCUCCGUGGGCGAUGGAAUCUGUGUGUCAUGCCGGAUAUGCGUGCCAAACUUGAAGCUUCGCUAACGCUCCGGAGUCGCUGAAUAUCCGUUUAAAUACGAAACCUUAGAGUACAAUUUCUGUUGUUUGAAAUCGCUUUAUCUGCUCCAAGAUCCCUUUUGAUCAAAAAUAUAUUGUCUGUAUACAUUGUAUAACAACUGCAUGACGACUUAAUUGCAAAAGUCUAACUCAGCUUGGCGGUUAAUUUAAUAGGUUGUUGCAACAAAAAAUUGGCUCUGGGAAGGAUUUUCUGUUAAAUGCAAUUUUCGAAAUGAAAAAAAUAUAUCGUGAGUAAAUGAUAAGAAAUUGUUAUACACUGUAUAUAGACAAUAUACUUUUUAUCAAAAGGUAUCUUGGAGCAGAUAAAACGACUUCAAACAAUAGAAAUAGUACUCUAAGGUUUCGUAUUUAAACGGAUAUUCAGCGACUCCGGAGCGUUAGCGAAGCUUCAAGUUUGGCAUGCAUAUCCGGCAUGACACACAGAUUCCAUCGCCCACGGAUGGUUUUAUAUUUUUGCACAAAAAGUGCAAACAAAUCAAGAAAAAGUGCAAAAAAUGGCCAAAAUCAGAGGUUUUUUCACUCUAACUUGACUCAAACCCCCACAAAAAUCUUGAAAUUUUAAUAUGUUGUAGCCCUUGAAAUUCUCUUUACGAUAGACUCCAACAUCUGUUUUGGCGGCCCCAAGAAAGUACAUCUUUUUGGCAUUCAAAAUCGAAAUUUCCAUUUUUUUAGUGACGAUUUUCUCAAAGGUAGCGGACAACCUGAAGACAAAACUUACAUACUCUGAAAGGAAAUUGAUUACUCUACAUAAAGAGUUUUUGUUUUUGCCGGUAUCUCUUCGGGCUACCCUUACACACAUGAAAAUGUAAUGUGCACUUUUUAAUUUUUCAUUUUUUUAGACACCGAUCGGCGGCGAAAAAAUUUCGGAAUGCUGUGCAUAUUUCAAAUACGAAGUCUCUGCGCCGCCUCCGCCAGAAGUUAUAGCCUUCCACUUUCCUUCACGUUUUUUGUAAGACCCUGUAUUAAUACUUGUUUGUCUCGGCCGAAAAUUCAAUCUUAAAGCCUAUGAAACUUUUUGCUACAAUGGCGGAUCUGAUCCAGUGGCUAAAAAACAUAUCAUUCUGCAUCGGGGAAGCAUCAAAAAAUGUGGCAAAAUACUUCCCUCUCCAAGUGAAAAAAAAACUUCGAUUUCAAAAGCGCGCCGGCUCUUUUUGCGAGGGAAAGGGCGCGCCCAUCAAAACGGAGUUUUUUAGUUGGAGAGGGAGGCAUUUUGAUACAUUUUUGACACUUCCCGGAUGCAAAAUGGUACUAUUUUUGCCCCUGGAUCAGAUCCGUCGCUGUAACUUUCCAUGCCAAAAUUGGCAAAAAAUGGCGAAUUUUUGCCAACUUUCUGCCUGAAAAUCUCGGUCGUUUCUGCAAAACGCUUGCUAGGAGUCUCGCAUAUGUCUGAAAAAAAUCAUUUUAAAAUUUGUGCCAAGUUUCAUCAAGAUCUCAGCAUCGCACUUGGAGUGCUUCCCUUGUGAAAUAGAUUUUAAAAAGAGUUUAAGGCUGCGUAUUUUACCAGCUGCAAGAUUUACGGUCAUCUUUUUCAGCUUCCCGCUCCAUUCAAAUUUCUGCCGCCCUCACCAACACUGCCCCUCGACAUACUCUGCAUGCUCAAAAGCCUCAAAAAGAACGCGCACCAAAGAGUGCUGAGAAACCUCAGAGCAAAGCGAAAGCGAGCAGUAAAAUCGAAAGAGAUACUCGAAAAGAUUCUGACGUCAAACAGAAGAAAGGAAUGAGCGAAGAGAUCAAGGAGAAGGCCGACCACCGAAGAAGCAACUAA